AUGGCUACAGACGAGGGUGCCUCGCCUCGAGAACUGGUCGUGGAGGCCUGCCGCCGAGACCAGCCCCACCUGAUCGAACAAGUGCUGUCCAGUAUGAGCGACAAGACAAAUGAGGAGGUGGCACAAUUUUUCAAUGAGGUGAAAGAUUCAAUGGGAAACUACGCCUUGCAUAUCUGUGCGCAGUACGGCAGUUAUGACGUGGCGGAUGCCCUGUUCGAUAUUCAAUUCUUUGAAUGCGACCCGCUAACCCGAGUGGACAAGGAAACACCGCUGCACAUUGCUGUGCGGUACGCCAACGAGAAGGAUGCAGAAUUGGGCGCGGAGAUGGUGAAAAUGAUGUGUGAAGCCGGGUGUGAUCCCCGCGUGCGGAAUAAACAUGGCCAGAAGCCGUCGGAUCUGGUCUACAAUAAACCCGACAUCAAGUCGGUUCUCCAGCAGGCCGAGUAUAUCAUGGCCGAGGGCCUCCAAAACAACCAGGGGGCGGAGUCCGAGCACGGUAGUGCUAGCGAUAGCGAAUAA